UUCUCAGGACCCACCGCGCCCUCAGGAGCCGAGCAGAGCCUGACCCUGACCAUGGCAGGAAAGCCCCUCAGGAAGCAUGGGGUGACCGUGCGGCAGCUGGUGGAGGAUGUCCCCACGGGGUGCAGCCUGCCGGACUUUGAGCAGAAGCCCGUCACCAUGGCGCUGGCGGAGGGGAGAAACGCCCUCUUCCGGGCGGUGGUCUGCGGGGACCCCCUGCCCGAGGUGCGCUGGGAGAGCAGCAAGGGGGAGCUCAGGAACUCCAGCAAGUACCAGAUCCUGUCGGCCCCCGGCAGCAAGGACCACACGCUGCAGAUCAGCAAGCUGACCGGCGAGGACACGGACAUGUACCGCUGCACGGCCGUGAACCCGUACGGCGAGGCCGUGUGCUCUGCCAGGCUCACCGUCAUCGAAGUUGGCUUUCGGAAGAAACGGAAGAGGGAGGAGCCCCAGCCGGACCUCAGGCAGGAGCUGAUGGACCUGCGGAGCUCGCUGAAGUGGGUGGCCCCGCCCCCCAGCGCCCAGAAAGCCGUGGACCCGCAGCACGUGUGGCAGCUGCUGCUGUCGGCGGACCGCAAGGACUACGAGAGGCUGUGCAUCAAGUUCGGCAUCGUGGACUUCCGCGGCAUGCUGCGCAAGCUGGAGAAGAUGCGCAAGGAGCGGGAGGAGAGGAUGGCCGAGUACGUCUACAGCGCCUCGGACAUGACCCACAUCGCCGUCAGCAGGGAGGGCGUCGCCUCCUUCGGGAUGGAGCUGGACCUCAAGGACCCCCAGAGCAGGAUCUCCCUGUGCAAGGACGGGGAGGAAGUCCCCUUCAGCUCCGAUGGCCAGGCCAAGCACAGCCUGCAGCGGCUGGGGAAGCGCUACAGCUUCCAGAUCCAGGACGUGGGCCUCGAGGACGCCGGCAUCUACGAGGUCAAGGUGGAGGACGUGGAGAUCUUCACCACCGAGCUGGAGGCCGACACCAUCCCGCCCGGCAUGGUGGUGCCGCUGGCCGAGACCCGCUGCGAGGAGGGGGGCGACGCCGUCUUCCGGUGCGUCCUCGCCGACGCCUGCCCCGACGCCUCCUGGAAGUUCCAGCAGCGGCCGCUGCGGCCCAGCCACAAGCACGAAGUGUCCGUCUCCCCCGACGGGCGGACCCACCAGCUGGUGGUGAAGGGUGUCUGCCCCUCGGACGCCGGCCCCUACACCCUGGAGGCCGGGCGCCAGGCCUCCACUGCCUGGCUGGUGGUCGAAGCCGGCAAGGACAAAGGCCCUCCGCCCACAGGCGCUGACCGCCACGUCCAGGCGCAAGGAGCCCCGACCACAGACGAGGGGGAGUCCAGGAGCCCCCAUGGCCGGGGUGGGGGGCCCGGAGAGCAGGGCCUCGAGGGGGGCGCCCUCGAGGCUGCUGGGCGGGCUCCAGGGCUCCAGCUCACUGCCGGCCUCGAGGGGGGCGGCCCCGGGGGGCACGGCCAGUCCCUGCCAGGGGGCCAGGGGGCAGCCUGGGGGCCCGGUCAGGCGGGAAACGGCUUUCUGGAAGCAGACGGACACAGAGACUCCCUCCAAGGGGAGGACCCGCUCCACAGGGACGGGGGCGGGGACCCAAGACUCGAGGGGAGGCCCCGCCCACAGGGAAAGGGCGCGGAGUCGGGGCUGGGCCGCCCAGACGGUCACCAGCCGCAGCAGGGCAGAGAUGGCGAUGGGGACUGGCGCGGCGGGUCAGCGGGGGGCUGGGGCGCUGGGUCCCGGCCCCGUGUGGCUGGAGGACCCGGGGGCAGUGGGGAAGGGCAGGGGCACCGAGGGGACGAUGGGAGCCAGCUGGACAGGGACAGCCAGGGACAGCUCUGGGGGGCUCAUCUGCGCCCCGGGGCAGGAAGGAGGGCCCAGGAGGGGUGGCAGUCCGGUCCCGUGGGGUCUGGGCCAGAGGGGGACAGGGGGCAGAGGUCACAGCAGGAGGGGCGCCUGGGGCGGGCUGGGGGGGGCUCCUCAGCAGGAGUCGGUCCAGGGGCCCUGGGGUCCCCUGAGAGCGGGGUGUCCAGCUCUGAGGCAGGCCGGGGCCCUGGGGCCUGGGGCUCUCGGGGCCGGGGCUCUGGAGACCAGGGGGAAGCCCAGGGCUUCGGGGCCCCAGGACAGUCUGUAGGACAGACACCUGCUGGCCAGGAACUCUCGGACUCUGCAGUUUCGGGGGGCAGAAGCCUCCUGGGGCGCUGGGGUGCUGAGGGCUCAGGGCAGGAGGCCAACGGCUGGGGCCCCGGGGAGCCUGUGGGUGAGGGGCGGGGCUACAAAACUGGUCCUGACGGCCCCGGAGGGCCUGGGGGCUGGACGAGCGAGGGCCAGGGGGCACUGGGGGCCUCGGGCAAGGCGGGGGAUGGCGGAAGCCUCCAGGGCCCCCCCGGCAGGACAGCAGGUCAGAAGGGAUCCGAGGGCCGAAUGGAGGCAGGGGGCCCAGGACCUGGGGGCGGUGCAGGGCUCAGCCUCAGCCAGGGGGGGGCGCACCCCGGGCCUGGCGUGCGGGGGUCUGGGGGUGGGGGGGAGGGGGCAGCUGGUGCCCAGGCACCCUGGCUGACGGGGUCUGGUCAGAGGGGCGAUGCCAACAGCCACUGGCUGACCGGGUCCCCAGACCAGGGCGCCCAGGGGCCCUGGGGGACCCGUGGAGGUGUGGCUGGAGCAGGAGGUCGGGGGGCCAUGGGGCCCGGGCCAGAUUCCCGCGACGGGUCGUGGAGCUUCGGGGAAGGAGGGCCCAGAGGCGGAGCGGGCGCCGAGGCCGGCUCAGCGGGACCCCGGGACGGCGGCGGCCUGGGGCGUUUCGGGGGAGCCGGCCCCCAGGGUGGGGCUGGGCACCGUGAAGGCUCGGACGAGCUGGCGACGGGCUCUGCUCCCAGACCCGGGGCCCCUGGGGAUGCGGGGCCUGAGGAGGGGGGUGGUCGUGGGGAUGGCUCGUGGGCGCCGGGGGACAGGUGGGCCGGGAACCGAGACGGCCGCGGUUCUGCACGGAGCGGGCUGGAGACACCGGCUGGUCUCCAGGGGGUGGCCGGGGGAGCCGGGGUGCACCCAGAGGCCUGGGGUGCAUCCAGAGCCCAGGGCGAUGCUGGCCCUGGGGGCAGAGGGGGACUUGGGGCCACUGCAGCAGCCGGGCCUGCAGGGGGGGAGCCCGCAGGAGCGCAGCCCGGGGCCUCAGGGGGCACAGGGCCUUGGGGUUCGCCCGGAGGAGGUGGGGGCUUCAGAGGUGCAGGGGCGAUGGGCGCCCCUGGAGAAGGAGGCUCUGGGGGCCUGGACGCCCUGCGAGCAGGAGACAGAGGGGGUGGCGGCUCCAAGGGACCAGGCGCCAGGGUCUCUGGGUCUGGAGCAGGUCGCUGGGAGCAGUCCGGGCACCCCGAGGCACAGGCCUCUGACUCGGGGGUCGGUUCUGAGAGCUGGGGGCCUGGUGGGCCUGGCCGUGUGCUGGGCUAUGGGGAAGGGUCUGGGAUCCCAGGGUCGCAGCUUGUGGAAGGUUCUGGAGGAGAGGUGGGGGGUCCAGGGCCCAGGGGAACGGCGUCAGUGGGGGAGGCGGGCUUUAGAGACGGUCCAGGGAGCCCCGAAGGCAUGGGGUGGGGGAGCAAGGCAGGUCACAGGGACGGGACGGGGGGUGCUGGGGCCAUGGGGUCAGUAGAUGGGACGGGUCACAGAGAUGCUUUGGGGGGCUCUAAGGGAAUGGGGUCAGUAGAUGGGGGAAUGGGGUCAGUAGAUGGGGCAGGUCACAGGGAUGCUUUGGGGGGUGCUGGGGCCAUGGGGUCAGUAGAUGGGGCGGGUCACAGGGAUGCUUUGGGGGGCUCUAAGGGAAUGGGGUCAGGGAGCGAGGUAGGUCACGGAGGGGGCUCAGGAGGGUCUGGGGGAAUUGGGCUGGUGAGUGAGAAGGGCUACAGACAGGGUCCUGGGGGCGGCGGGCUGACAGGCUCUCUGGCCGCAGGGGCCCAUGAGGGUGGGCCCCAUGAGGGUGGGCCCCAGGGCCGAGAAGCCCAGGGACCCGGGUCAGGGAGCUGGGCAGCGUCAGAGGGGCCUGACAGCGGCACCAGCUCCACGGGAGAUCCCAAGAGGGGCAGGGGACUGGGCCUGGUGGACGGGGCCGGUCCCGGGCUGGACUCAGGGAUGCCCAGAGCGGCAGGCGCCACAGCCGGGCGGGGCUCCAGGGUCGGCUCUGGAGGCGGGGGGCCUCCCACUGGGGAGGGUGGGUCUGCAGGCCAGGCAGGGGGCAUGGGGGCUUCUGGCUCUGGUGACGGUCGGGGGGCAGUAGAGGGGGGCGCCUGGGCAGGGGCCGCCGCCCCAGGACCCGGACACACAGGGGGCUCCGGGAAAGCAGGCCUCGGGGCAGCGGGCCGGCAUGGAGCGGCUGGCGGGGCAGGACCAGGGCCUCAGGGAGCGGAGGGCUCGCUGGGAGGCGGGAAGGAGGCAGGAGCCUCAGGGGCGAGCCCCAGCCAGGGUCCAGACAGCGGCCAGGUGCCCCGGGAGAGGGGCAGGUCUGUGUCAGAGGCUUCCACUGGGCCGGGGCUUAAGCACGCUCGGGGCACAGGUGGGAAGGGCCAGAGGUCUGAGGGAGAGCGUGCGGGAGCUGGGGCCCAGCCGCCCGGCUCCAGGGACCAGGCGGGGGGUGCAGGCCAAGGAGAGGCCAGCGGGGGGCAAGGCCUGGGGCUCCUGGACGGCAGGGCUUCAGCCCCUGGCAGGGACAGGUCUGCUGGUCCAAGGGACCUGGACCGAGCCCGGAAUGGCCUAGAAGGUCCUCUGGGCAGCACACACUCUGGAGACAGACCCGGGGACCUGGGGGGCACAGGCUCCCCUCUCGGCAGAGAACGGAGAGCGGACAGGGGGUCCCUGGGAAAGCCGACAUCCCUGGGGGCCGAGGAUGACCAGAGCCAAGGUCCAGGGGCCCUGAAGGAGCACACGGGACAGGCAGCCGUCGAGUCUGGAGGGUCGGACACACCUGGCCCACCUGGGGGCAGGCCCCAGACAUGGCGGGGCGCCAAGGCCGGGGACACAGAGGGGCAGGCGUCGGAUGUGGCCCGAGGCAAGGGACAGCCGGCUGGAGCAGGGGACGCAGGGGACGCAGGGGAGGCUCCGCGUGAGGACGGGAGCCGGGAGCCCUCGAGUCACCGGGGCGGCGGCAGAGGUCGCACGGCGGGCAGGCUGGACAUCGGUGGUCAUGAGGAGGACGCCGCCCGGAGCCCCCGAUCCAGACGCAAGCCCGGCGCUGGCUGUCUCUUCGAGGAGGCCCGAGGCCCCCGGGGCCACUUCUCCCAGGGCCUGGCUGACACGGAGGCCAGGCUGGGGGAGGCGGCCGUGCUGUCCUGCAUCCUCAGCCGGGACCUGGGACCUGGGGCCUGGUUUAAGGACGGAGUCAAGCUCGACACCCAGGACGGGCUCAUGGUGGAGCAGGAUGCACUGGUGCACAGGCUCCUCAUCGCCUGCGUGCAGGAGGCCCACGCGGGGCGGUACGCCUUCGAGGCCGGCGGCCAGAAGACCGAGGCCACCCUGACGGUCCGAGAUCCGCCCGUCAUCGCGCCGGACGUGGCCGAGCGGCUGCAGGAGCCGCUGGUGGUGAAGGCCGGGAAGCCGCUGACCGUGAAGGUGGCCUUCCAGAGCCGCCUGCCGGUCCAGGCCUCCUGGACGAAGGACGGGGCCACGGUGGACGGCUCAGGCGGCGGGCGGGCCCAGGCGUCCCUGGGCGACGACAUCACGCGGCUGUGCCUCCCCAGCACCAGCAGGAAGGACAGCGGCCGCUACAGCGUGACGCUGAGGAGCAAGGGAGGCUCCGCGCGGGCCGACGUCACUGUGCAAGUCAUAGACAAGCCCCAGCCGCCCCAGGGCCCCCUGGAGGUGCAGCACUGCCGGGGGUCCGGCGUCUGCCUGCGCUGGCGGCCCCCGCGGGACGACGGGGGCCGGCCGGUGGACCGCUACGUGGUGGAGAGGCAGCAGGCAGGCCGCAGCACGUGGCUGAAGGUGGGCGAGCCCCCGGCGGACAGCACCAGCUUCACGGACGCCCAGGUGGAGCAGGGCAAGAAGUACACCUUCCGCGUGCGGGCCGUGACCUCCGAGGGGCCGGGGGAGGCCCUGGAGUCGGAGGAGGUGCUGGUGGCUCCCGAUGCACUCCCCGGGCCCCCCUCGGCCCCGGCCAUCCUGUCGGCCUCCAGCAAGAGCAUCACUCUGACCUGGACGGCACCGCGCGGCCCGGGCAGCGCCCACCUCCUGGGCUACCUGGUUGAGAAGCGCAAGAAAGGCAGCAACACGUGGACGGCCAUGGCCGACCAGCCCGUGCCCGAGCGCAAGUGCACCGUGGCCGACCUGAGGCCCGACUGCCAGUACGAGUUCCGGGUCACAGCCGUGGCUCCCUCCGGCCCCGGGCAGCCUGGGCCCCCGUCGGACGCCGUCUUUGCUCGGGACCCCAUGAGACCGCCCGGGCCCGUGCGGGACCUCCAGGUCACAGGCACGUCCCACACUGGCAUCAGCCUGCGCUGGGCCCCGCCGGACGCGGAGGACGGGGACGAGGCCCAGGGGUAUGUGGUGGAGCUUUGCGCCUCGGACAGCCUGGAGUGGGCCCCGUGCCACGCGGGCACCGUGCUGGGCACCUCCUACACAGCCAAGGGGCUCCGGCCCCAGGCGGGCUACUUCGUGCGGGUCAUCGCCGUGAACGAGGGGGGCCGCGGCCCGCCCAAGGCGCUGGACAUGCUGGUGCACGCCGCGCCCGCGUCCGUCCCUCCCAAGUUCCUCCUGGACUCCAGCACCAAGGACUCGCUGAUGGUCAGAGUCGGGGACACCGUCCGCGUGCCCGUCCGCUUUGAAGCUGCCCCCACGCCGGAGGUGACCUGGCUGAAGGACGGCCUGCUCCUGCCCAGGAGAUGCGUGACCUCCACGGAGGACGGCCUCACGCAGCUGCUGGUGCCCGUGGCCAGCCUGGCAGACAGCGGCGCCUACACCGUGGUGCUGCGGGGCCCGCAGGGCCAGGAGGCCUCCCACACCUUCUUCCUCAGGGUGGCAGUGAAGCCCAUGGCGCCCGGGCCCAUCAGCCUGAAGGAGAACGUGCCCGGGACGGUGACGGCCGAGUGGGAGCCGUCCCCCAGCGAGGCCCAGGGCGUCCCGCUGCACUACACGGUGCUCACGCGCUGCUGCGGGGGCGGGCCCUGGUGCGAGGCGGCCAGCCGCGUCUACACCACCCGCUUCACCCUCCUGGGCGUGCUCCCGGGCCGCGAGUACUACUUCCGAGUGGUGGCGCAGAACGAGCUGGGCGCCAGCGAGCCCUCCGACACCAGCCAGCCCUGGUGCCUGCCGCGGCAGCGAGACACGGUCACCGUGAAGGCCCCCAGCCACCGGGAGCCGGACCGGAACCAGAAGCCCUGGUUCGCCGUGGGCCUGCGCUCCCACCUGCUGCCGGCCGGCUGCGAGUGCCGCAUGAGCUGCGCCGUGCGCGGCUGGCCCCCGCCCCGCGUCACCUGGUUCAAGAACGGCGAGAACCUGGACGGCAGCCCCGCGGUGUACAGCACCGACACGCUGGGCGUGUGCUCCCUGGUCAUCGCCAGCGUCUCCCUCGAGGACAGCGGCCUGUACAAGGCCGUGGCCGAGAACGCGCUGGGCCAGGCCAUCAGCACAGCCACCCUCCUCGUCACAGACUCCAGCCCCUAGCCUGGGCCGCCCCGGGCUGGCCCUGCCCGGCCACCUGGCCACGGACGGUGGAGCCUCCGACCUGCCUCCCACGCUGGCCAGGAACCCGCUCCCCGGGCCGGAGGGCACUGCCCAGAGCCCCGGGGGGGCCGGAGAGAGGGCUGCUGGGGGGAGCCCACCAGGGAAGCCUGGAGUCCUCGGGGAAGAAGAGGAAGAAUUCGAGACAUCCCCGGCCCCCGGCUCCGCUGAGCAGCAGGACCGGAACCUCCCGCCCUGUGGGGCUUCUCUCCUCCCUCCGGCCCC